GCCAGCUGCAGAAAGCAGCUAACCUCUGCUUGGAAGCACAGCCUGGAGGGAUGCGAGAGGCUUUAGAGCAGCUGAUUUCUUUGCACAGGAGAGAAUGGAGGAAUCUGACUGAUGGGCACAGACUUGGGUGACUAAACCGGAGCAGCUUCCUGAGAACAUUAGUACUAAAACUAAAGCAGUGAUUUCCAGUCCAGGAUUUCUGCCUUUCUCCCCACCCCUCCCAGCAGCUCAGGACCGGUGAGGGAGCAGCACGGUCAGGGAGCGCAGGGACACUGCAGUGCGGCUCACUCGUGGCAGUUACUGAAGACAGCAUAAAGAAAUAAAAGCAGAGGGAGGAUUCUGCUGCAAAAUCACAGUUCAGCGCCCCACCCAGUGCACAGGAGGAGAUGCUGGAGUUACACAAGAAGCGCAUGGAGGCAGAAAACAAAGACAAGCCCUCACUGCGGAGCCCACUGGCCCUGCAGGUCGGGGUUGCCAGCCCUCCUCACAAAGCAAUUUUCUGCAGCGCGUUUGCGUCUCUGCCAUGCAGCGGCACCGUGCAGCGAUGCAGCACAGAGCUGAGCCGUGUGCGCUCCUUUCUCCCGGCUGCUUUGCUGCUCGGCUGCGUGCAUCACACCAGGGCUCAGCGGGGAAGGGCUCUGGCAGGCUAUAUUUAGCAGCAACAACAAAACAGGCAGCCGGAUCAGCUGACUGGGAGCAGCGAGCACGGGUUAGUUGUAGGCAGCACGUAUCCUGCGCAGAAAGCAGGGCGAGAGAGAGCAGGGCACGGAGCUGGGAGGUGCCCCACCACCCCACAGGGGCUGCGGCUCAGCCAUGGCUCCCCGGAUACGAUUGAGUGUUUCAAAGCCUCUCCCAACCAUCUGUGAAACCCACGAGGAGGCAAUGGAAGACCUAACCAGCAACCCAAAGCACACUGCAAACACUUCGACCAACCCAGAUUCGUACUCCAGUGAUGAUUACAUUCAAUCCAUCUGCCACCUCGCCAGACCCACCUUCCCAGGCAUUCCUGAAAGCAGCCACCGGGCUCAGGACAGAAGGAUCCUGCAGACCCUUGAAGCCAUGUCAUGGUCCCCAUCCCAGCAAGAAAUGUCAGUGUGUAAAUUGACCAAUUUCAUCUCAAAUGUGAUGCCACUGGGAAAAGCCACGUCUGCUCCUGAUAAUGCAGAAGCCGACUUCUGGUCCAGAGAGGACCCCCUGGCACAGAUCUACACACGCACAGGAAAUCUCUGCUCCUCCAAGGGUUUGUGGAGCAGAAGCUCCAGCACUGGUUCCUUGCAGUGCACCUCCUCCAGUCACCUGGGUGCCCUUCGGCCCCCGGCCAUGAAAGAAGAAGCCGCAGGGAAACCACAUUUCCCACGGGUGUUCAGUUUUCCAAGGUUUCCCUCUCCAAGGCCACUGCAGAAAGAAACACUGUGCUCAGAGCUGAGGUGUCUCAGAAAGGAUGAGGGAGCUGUUGCAGGGAGCAAUCACAGUCAGAAAGAAGAUGGUCCCGUGUUUAUUAACACUGAAGAGCUAUUGCCAUGCUCAGCCAGAAGGAAGCUACUAGGAAAUCGGGUUUUGCGCUGCUCUGAAAGGAGACAGGGUUUGUUUGAUGCAGCAGGUGCCGAUGAAAAAGAAGGGAGAGAAACUUCUCACUGUGACAAAAAUACAGUGGGUGAUGUUCCCAGUAAACAGAGAUACUCAGAGUGCUUCCAGGCAGCUAAAAAAGCUGUGAUCCAUAACUGGAUUUCAGAGCACAGAUGCAUGUGGAAAGAAGCAAAGAUAAAGGCUUGUUUGCUCCCAGCCAUUGCUGAAGUGUGAAAAAGCAUCUGUUACAAAUAACGUUGUUUGCCCGAAAUAACCACCCCGUGCUCUAGAAGCUCUCCCUGGAGUCCUUAUGUGGAAAACAUGGCUUGAAUGUGCAUGCAAGUCAGGAAACCUUUUGUGAUCCACCAUACCUCUCAUCAGUGGGCAAAUGGACGACUUGGAGUCCAGUCCUCUGAGGAAGCAGCAAUUAAUUCUCAUUUCAGAAAGGCAACGGUUCAUAAAGCAUCACCCCACUCCUACUGCCUAGAACUGCCCUGAGCAUGGAGAAAAUUGAAGACCAUCUGUUUUGAAGAAGUAAUCUGCAGGAACAAGAAAACCCCACACACCUACUGCUGUUUCACAGCAAAUGCCAAGCAGGCAGAUGUUUUGCACGCUUGGGUACAGUAAUUCUGAAAGGAACAUUCUGAAUGGUGCUUGGACAGUACUAAACAUGCCCUCACUGACAUAUGCAUUCACUGAGACACACGGCACAGACCACUGCAUCAACACCAGAAUACCACUGGGUCGGUCACCUGUUAGGGCUUUCGUGUAAAGGAACAUUUUUAAUAGUUGUAAGAAGUCUGUGAUGAGGAUUUGUUAGAGGACAACAUGGCAAAUGCUGAAACCGCUCAGGGUGGGAUUUUUCCUCUUUCUUAGCAUUGCAAAAAUUUGACUUUCACUUCACAAUCUAACCUUGCUGGGGAUGAGUGGAGAGCUCUGGGUGAGCAUUGCUGGUGCUGGUCUGGUGCUGCUGCCCUGGCCCGGCAAGAAAUUGGGGUCUGCACUGCUGUCUGUGCAGAGCAGGCUGUGUGCUGGGUGGGAGCUGAGUAACCUCUGUGCACAUGUGAAUUGUGUCUGUGUUUCCCUUCAUGUGUGUGCUUCUCUAGCUUCGCUCACCUGGCCACGCUAACCACGCUGACUUUUCCUUGCCUGGUGCUGUGAGACCAAAACGUGAAGAAAUAAAAACCAUCAUAAGAAGUCCCCAGGACAACCCCUUUGCUGCUGAUGCUGCACAGGAUGUCUGCAGGAGGAGCAGUGCUGCUGUGGGAUCCCAGCACAGCGAGUAUAUGGCCAGGUCAUCCCCUAACCACCACAGUGAGACUUACUUGUCUCCUGAAACCUUCACUCAUUCUGACAGUCCCAGGACCACAGCACCUAGCGUUCUGCAAGAGGAGCAGGUGAGAAAACUGCAAAGUAACGCUAGCGCAAUUAUUGCUGCUACUGCCACAAAUCAAUCCUUUGGCAGGGAGCAGAGCACAGGGACCGGGCUGUUUGCUCAACUGCAGCCAGGACGGGAAAUAUCACCGCAAAGCUGCAAUUAUAGAAGUGCUCGCAAGCGAUUUCUGAAACACCCUUGAGUAGAUUAAAUCAGAUGGCAACUUCUGCUCGGAACUAACACGAGUGUAAAUAUGCUCAAGGAUCAAAAGGUGAGCGAAUCUGAACUGCUCGUUCUCACAUCUCUUACCUCAAAUAUUUUUUGUUCCUUUCAAAACUCAUUAACGCUCCAGAUCUGAACUGCUUCUCAUCUUCAUUUUCGAACUAACCACACAGCAAGAACAAAGGCAAAGGUGGCUGCAGCUUUUUUUAGGCCCGAGCCGAGCAAGGCCUGCAGCAGCUCUGCCUCUCCCUCCUCUGCCCUUCCCUCUUGGGUUUGUACUGGGACAGAGGUGACACUGACCCUUGCUGCUAUACAGGCGUUUUGGUUUCUGUCCACAUUUAAGACACUAAUGCCUAGCAAGUCUUGUGCCAACUGCAUGUAUCACCGCGUUUGACCAAGAAAGCAAAUAAAACCCUUACACCAAGCAGCUGUCUCCAUUCUUGCAGGCCCACGAGCGACCCUUCAGGUGUGGGGCAGGCCAUGACCCAUGGCUCAGGGCUCACCACACAAACACCCGCUCGCUGCAUGGCACAGCAGGCCCCAAGCACACAAGCAAUGCCUUGGAACACCAUUCUGCCUGCUUGGAGUCAGGCCCAGGCCUUUGGCCUGCAUCAAAAUGGUCACACUGCGCAUUCUCAGAGCACCCCCCAGACAAGGCCUGCGGUGAUGACAUCUGCCCUCACAGCCAGGCCACAGCACAGCACCAUGCAGCCGCUUCAGAGUGCCCUCAGCACGGAGAUUCCUCCUCGGCUGCCGCGCAUUCCUGUGAAUGUCCCACAUCCUCAAACUUUCCCAGCAGAGCUUCCUAGAAACCUAAAACCCUUGGGGGGAGGAAGCUUUGAAGCGCAGCAGAGAGGAACAGACAAGUUCAGGUGAUGGACGGGGCAAGGUAACAAGGGGAGAGGAGGAGACAGAGUAGUGGAGAUGGGCGAGGAGGGCUUGGGAGCCCUGGGGAGGUGGGAGGUGUGGUGAAGGUGCUCCAGACACCUUGAUGGAGGCACUGAGACAUGGGGCGAAAGCCAUGCUGCUUCUGUAGCUGAUCUCAUCACCUCCUGAAAGAUCUCAUUUGUUGGGUUAAUCAGAACUGCCUAAGGGAUUCCGAUUAAUUUGAGCAGGGAGUUGGCAUCCAAAUCCCACCAGUAGCUUUCAGUCUCAGCCUUCACAACCUGUUCACAAUCUGCAGGCUAACAUACAAUUUCAUUCAUGUGGUCAUGCAGACUUUUACUGCUGUAAGCAAUGAAUGCAUUUGGACACAGAAAACCAUGACCAAAAUUAGAAAACUAGAGACAGAGAGGGAGAAACAAAACUGUCCCCUUCUUUUCUCAUCAGUGCCACAACCAGCCCUAAGUGAGUUCAACAGAAUUAGCCCAGAGAACAGCAGCAGCAGAAAGGGAGGGCUUUAAAGGACAACAGUUCCCAUCAGCUCAAACCAAGGAUGAGGAAGGAACAGCUCUGAGAGCCUGGCUAAUAGGAUCUGGUUAUCUGUGCAGUGCAGAGCAGCCACAGCACUCCAAGGAGCUAGUCCACUGCAAGCGGGGUCUCUCUGCUGAUAGAAAGACUGCUAUUGAUCAGAAACUAAGACAUGAACGAAUGCAAUGUGUUUAGAAGCAGGAAAGGCUCAGAAAUGCAUUUGUCCUAAUGAGAGGACACAAUGGUGAGAGAGGAAAUGGAGAAGGUCUGUGCAGGAGGCCCUGCGUGAGGUCAGCAAAGCCAGAUUCUGAAAAGUUCUUUAAAUGAGAGUACUAGUGCAGUAGUAGUGCAGUGUAGUAGUAGUAUAAAAGCAGAUUUUUAAGGAAAAAAAAAUCAAAAUCUUAAAGCUCAGAGAGAAAACACAGAGCAUAAUUUAGGGGAAUCGGAUCCAAGCCUGAGGUGAGAUACAGGGUCCCUCUACACAGACGAGCAGCUGUGAGGAUGGUGCAUCUAGCUUUCCCCUUGCCCCGAAAUGCCACAGUUAGGCCUAAUUGCCCAAUAAGAGUGUAUUUAGUUAACUUUGAGCCUCUACUAAUGGAGAGCAAUGAUAAAUGGUGUACAAUGAAGUUAAACUGCAUUUAGUGACUAAGCAGGAACCCCUUAGCUUUGGAAAAAAAGCCUUGUAUGUCCCAUCAGCAACAUAAUUCAUGGCCAAGAGUUUUGCAUUUGCAGCAAGAACCACGAGCAUAAAAGAGAUCCAAAACAAUGGCCAAAUGCAUGCACAGAUAAAAGGAGCAGGGAAGCCUCUCUGUCCUGCUGGUAGCGGGAGGCAGCGCUACAUCUGUCACUGCACAGGGAGCUGCACCAUCAGCGACACAUCCCGCAGUAUCCAGGCAGAGGCCUCCUGCUCCCAUCUCAGAUCAUGCUGGAGUACCAGCUCAAAAAGCACAAGCUCGCAGUCUGACCAUCCUUCAAGCUCAGCCAUUUGCCUCACUCACCACAGCCCCCAUUUUAUUUUUGUAGCUGGCACCAAAAUCACAGUUGACAGCAGCAAUGAACCCUGAAACACCACAUCUUGGUCUCGUGGCCUUUUCCCAUGCCCUGGGCUUCUCAAGAGUAACUUAAUUUGCCUGACAUAAGAUAGAGCUGAUGCAAAAUACACAUUGUGUAAAUUCAUGUCCAAUGUCCCUGGCAAUCACAGCCUUCCUGGAAAUAAAGCUCCUGGAGGCAGCACUUCCAGGGACUGUUGCAAAGAGCUGUAGAAAACCCAGGCAUUUUUGGAAUAUCUUCUGGUUGCUACAUAACAUCUGACCAAAUGCCAAAGGGAGCCUUUAAGUGCUUAGGAAUGGGCUUGUAAUGGGGACAAUUUUCUGCUGCAAUUAAAGCACAGAUUUCUAUUAGCAGCUGAUGAGGGAAAUGAAAUUAUUAGUUUAUUCACUUGCGCGCAUUAGCAUUUUGCCAGUCAUUUCUUGUCUUUGUUUUUAAACUACUCAAGCUGAAAGGCUCUGGGCCUGCUGUGAGUUCAGUGGGGGCUUGCAGCCACACCACUCUGCUCACACAUCCCACCACGCACCACGGCUGCUCCCCCCAGCACCAGGAUGAGCAAAGCUUGGCAGUCAUGCGAGAUGGAAGGCAGCAGGGAGACUGCCACAUCAUGCUAGGUGCUGGACUGUGACAUACACAAGUCAUUCAAGUUCAGUUGAAUGUUUUUUUGUGUUUUUCCUUGGUCACGGGAAUGUGGGAGAGCAGACUGAUUUAUACUGGAGGUAGUGGGCUACAAUGUCCAUUCCCUGCCCCUCACCUGACAGAGCACUGCCUCGUGGCUCAGCUUUGAGAAAGGGCCUUACAGUCAUAGAAUCAUUGAGGUUGGAAAAGACCUCUAAGAUCAUCUCGUCCAACUGCCCACCUUCCACCACUACUGCCACUGACCACGUACCUCAGCGCCACAGCUCCAUGUUUCUGGAACACCUCCAGGGACAGUGACCCCACCACCCCACUGGGCAGCCUUUGCCAGUGCCUGACCACCCUUAACCUCCUCAGCUACUGCUCAGGACCCAGGUGAGUGGGGAGGAGGCCCAGCCCAGCCCUGCAGGCCCCGGCACACCCACAGUGCCACAAGGCCGCAGGUGCGGCCUGCCCCUGAGGUACGGGGCAGCCCAACAUGGCGGCUGCCGAUCAGAACUGCUUUGUCUGCACACACACACACUGCAGGAAGAGAGAGAAGCAGCUGGUUCCCAGGGACAGACCGCACCCUGCUGCUGCUGGUGCAGGGGCUGCUCCUGGAGGCGGAUGCUGAGGGAUGUCAGCGAGACACAACUCAGCAGGAUUCUACAGGAUUAGACAGCCCUGUGAUCAGGAACAUUCAUGCUCUGCUAACUGGGUCAAAGAAAUACUGGAGAUGUUCAGCACCGUGUUUGCCUGAAGGGCUGAGCUGGUACCGCCUGGAUUUAGAGGAAAUUCCUCCCCAGCUACCACCACAACAGCAGGCUGCAUCGCAAGGCCUCAUCCCCUCCCUUAAAAAACCUGGCACCAUGCUGCAGUGCAGUGGGAGAUACCUUGCAGCCCUACUGCACGGGGUUUGCAGGGAGCACAAUGUGUUGCCCCUCUCUGCACUGGGGAAAGUGUUUUUAAGCCAGAGUAUAACGUUGCAUCCUUAAAUGCUUUACUUCUGUUUGGCAGAAUUGCCUUGUUGGAGCUCAGCUCCCUGCUCCCACGGAUGGAUACAUAAGGGAAUGGGCUGCAGGUUAACAUCUUAAUUGAAGAAUUAAACUUAUCAGUACACACAAAAGAUUAUUUCUACAUCAAAAUCAUAAACUGUGGGAAAAGAGACUACAAUAGCUUCAGUAGCAUUUGCAGCCAAGGUCCAACAGGCCCCUUCACCCAUACAGGUGUAAAUGCAGCAGAGAAACUUCCACCACCCAAACUCACCUCCUCUCCUAAACUGUGAGCAAGGCUGUAGCUGAUCAGUAGCUGCAACCGCUCAGAUUCUGCAAGGAUUUCAGUCCAGGAGAGGAACCAGGCACGGUCCCACCCAAAAGCGACCAGCAAGGUGCCGGGUGGGAUCACCACAUGCAGCAGUUCUGCUGUGCUCAGAGUGAGCUGUGCUCUUGAAUGCAGGCUUCUGCUCAGAGAUGUUUGCUGUUCUGAAAACUUUCCCAUGCUGGCUAAAAUUCUGCACACAAAAUAUUUUCCAUGAGGCCAUGAGGACACUCAGUUCUCAUUUUGAAACCAAUGAUUGCUGUGUAACUAGAGAAAUGAGCUGGUGGUGCAGAAUUUUGUUUCUUUUCCUGGUUAAAGCCAAUGUUGUUUCUCCAGGUGAAACUUUCAUUUUACCACUGGCCCCUCACACCCUGCUUGCAAACCCUUCUCUUCUUCAGUAUAAACCAAAAUGACCUACACAGGCAGCAUGAGUCCGCAGGGCAGCUGACCCCACUGCCUACCACAUUUCUAAACAUAAUUUUUGAGUGCUGAAAUAACAACGUGGUGUUUCAUAAAUACCAUCUCAUUUUCUUCUGUGCAUUUCAUGAGAGGAACAUGGUUGCUGUUUGUGCACUGACCUGGGUUGCAGCAGCAGAAGGCUGAAAGAUUUAGGAAACAUAGGGAUGCUGCCCCUGGCCAGGACAGAAAUUGCUAAGUCACUCUUGGCUUCUGCCUCAAAUGAAGCAUGACCCAAAGUACAUCCCUUUUGUAGGCAUAAUUAACUAAGCUGAUUGUUUAACAAUGUGACAUCAUGAACCAGAACACCAGGUGGGGCAAUAUCUGACCAAUAAAAACAAAACAUCUCCUUGCAGCCCACUGCAAGUGGUAUGGGAUAGAAAACACUGCAACAUUUAAAUGUGUUCCCAUUUGAAGAUGCCUACUGCCUUUGAAAGGAAUGAUAAUAACUGCUGCCAAAAAUCAAGGAAGCAAAUCUUCCCCACCAGGGUGCACUCCAAAACAAAGGUUGGAUGUUGCAAAACUGCAUUGUGUUCUCCUCUUGCCUUCCUGCCUGGCACUGCAGAGCAGCAGCAUGUACCAUGACUGCCCCAACUUUGUCAGCCUUUGAGACACAGAAGGGCUACAAGGCUACCAGAGAGCAUGCUCUAAUUAGGACAUAUUACAAUUCUUUUCUCUCUCAUUAAUGAUAUUAAGGGCUGCAAGUAUAUCACGCGUAUCAUUUUUUUUCCUGGAGUACUGCUUCUUGCUUGAAUCAUAACAAAACAGUGAGCCUGCACUCACUGCUCCUGCAGCCCCUACCACCCUGCUCCACAGCAGCUGCUAGCAACUUGUUUCAGCUCCCUCUCAUUUCCACACAAAAUACAGACCAGGAUGUCUCUAUGGAUCAGGCAACAGAGCAGUCUGAGCUAGGAAGCAUGGCACAAUCUGCUCUGCAGCACAAACACCCACAACCUUCCCACAAGUUACGCCUAUUUUUGAGUUAUGUUUGUGCUCUAUAGAGUGGGAAAAACUUUUAGGGGAAGAAGGUUUUGUAAGAUCAGCCAGACCUAGAUGAAGGAACAUUUAGAUAGAACAGGAUUAGUGGCAGUGGCCACAAUCUCCCAGACAGCAAAGCAGUGCACUGCAGACAGGAGAACACAUGCUGCGGCCCUGGGCGUGUUCCUCCUCACAGGCCCUCACCCGAUCUGCUGGGUUUUUGUGGGUCCAAAUGCAGUUUGCAAGCCAAGCAUGUCUGACUUGCUCUCAGUGGGCACAGCACGGUACUUUUUGUUGAAUAUAGCUGCUAUUAUUUACUGGCAGCAAGUACCCCCAGUGACCCCUGAGAGCACAAUCUUGGCAACAAGAGCAUGGUUCUUCGCAUCCAAACACCACAACUGAUGGGCGAUGCUCUCCCAUACGCUGGCUGGAACCAGAGCACAUCACCACAGAGCCCAGAACACUGCAGACAACAGCUAACCAAGAAAGAAAGGUCUGAGCCUGUCUGGUGUCUGACAGGUUUGGAACAACAGCCCGACCAUGGGAUACCGCACUGCCAGACAUGACGUGAAGCAGGACGCUUUCCCUCACCACGCAUUCCCUGUGCCCACAAGCAAUCUUAAAAUAUUUUGUAUAAGCUGUUUCUCCCAUUCCACUAGCUUAAAGUCGGUGGUCAAAGGUCAAAAACCACAGCAUAGACUUUUCCCCCAGCUGACCUGCAUCUCUGUGCUGUCCUGCUGCCAGGGUGGCCAAACCCACUGAGCGGGUCUUGAGGUACAACAGGUCUCAGUCUUCCUGGCCAAAAGGCAGACUAUUAACUGGUCUGUUAUUUUUUUAAAGAAGAAAAGAAAUAAAAUCACUAAGAGCAACCUCUGAAGAGCUACCAAUCCCAUCAGCUACUGUGGAGAAACUGCCAUUAAUUCACUCCUUGGACCCCAAAGGAGCAGCCUAUACUCUGAAUGCUCUUUGGAACUAGGGAGAUAAACAGAAAAAAAAACAAAGAAGAAAAAAGCAUGCCAUCAGAAAUUAGCUAAAAUGGAAACCUUUGUGGCCAUUAAAACUCAAUGGUUUUUAUUUUAAGUAAUGUAUGCUUACUAAAAUAAACACAGAACAUCCUAAAGACACACUGGGAAGAAUGUAUCUUCCUAUCUUUUUAAAAAUGGAUAUAUAUAAGAAUAAUGGGACUAUUCUGGAAAAAGAAAAUAUUCAAACACACCAAAAGUCCCCAUUGUUUAAUUAACAUAACUGCUUUCUAUGCAAAUAGAGUAAGCAAACGUUUAGAGAGUGAACAAUUAGUGCCUCUGGUUAGGAGGGUAAGAUGAAAAGCAAGAAAGCAAGCAGAACACUCACCCUUGAAGGAUGUAAGGUUUUUCCAUAUUCUUGUCCUUAGCACUUACCUUUUUCUCAGAUUCUUUGCCUUCCCUCACCCAGAUCAACUCCAGAUGCUUUGAGACACCUCCACCACUCACGGCAGUAGGUAUGAAAUGCCCUGUGGUCACCUGCUCCAUUUUGGAAAGUUCACAUUCACACCAUAAAGUAACUCUGUACUCUGUCUGAAGAGCCAGUGCACAUGGGACAUAAAAGAACAGCAACUCAGAGUCUGGCCAAAGUGAUUUGGCACUCCAUUGUAUUACAUUGACAUGGACGUUACCAAACCAACUGCUGCCAGUGGAAAACGUUAGUUCCCAGGCCUGAAUUUCCACAAGAACUCUAAAGAAUAAUUCCACAAGCCCCACUUUCUGGAUGCAGCUCUCAAAGACGCGGCCUGUGCCUCCCUGCACACAGAAAGCCCGUGCUGCACACACCAUCUAGUGGCAAGACAGCGAGCGUGUGGGUGAGAAUUAAGAUCUCACACUUAAAAGCAAAGAGAAAUCAUUGCAGAAAUCUCUAAUGGACUCAUAGUUCUGUUAAGGACUCACAGCUGCUUCUCAACAGCAAAUUUUAGAACUACAAACAGGCCAGCACUCUGAGGUGGGUGGUACUUACAGAGACACUGAACAAGACCAUUUAUGUCAAAUGCAGUGCCAGCAUAGAGCAUGAGUUCUGAAACGACACAGGAGUCCCCAAAAGAUGUCUUCUGUGCUUCAGUGCUUUACACAACAAGUAUGCUCAGAUAUUUUGUUUUCUGCAGUUAGUGAUGGGAACAUCACAGAAACCCAAAUACUACACUUCUAUGCAUACACUCUGACCUAGGAGACAAUACUGCAGCAAGCAAGGAUAAUAAAAUGAAUUAAGGAUACGAGUUACCUUGAAUCUCAUUCCUGAAAAGAAAGAUGAAAGAAAUCUUCACUUGUUCCUCUUCUAUGGAACAUUAAUGAAAAGAGGAACCUUUGAAUUCCUUCCUGUUGCCAGAUCCCAAGUCUGAUUUGGGCUUUCUGGGGUAGGAAGGAGACGGGUCACAGAGCAAACCCACAGCUCCUGCACUGCCACGACCCACCUGAGUGACUGACCUGUGAAGACCAGAGAAUGGCUGGGUAUGAAGACACAGAGCUGCAGCCUAAUUUGAUCAGAAGAUUGCAGGCUUCGUAUUUUUUGCUUGGACAUGUUUUCCACAAAUUCUGGAGGCAUUAUUAACCAGUUCUUGAUUUUGCAAUCCAAGCCAAAUUGAUACAAAGUUUUUUGGUUGGCGGUU